AUGUCGUUAACGCAAGUUCGGUAUCGUCGUAUGCCUGCUUUGCCCCUGAGAUAUAGACCAGUGGUUCCAGAAUCAGACAAAAAAGAUCACUCUACUGUUUUACAAAAGCAAAUGAAGCAAUGGCUUGGACCUCGUAACAUUCGAGGCGAAUACUAUAGAAACAAAUAUUACUACCCCCCACGUGAACAUAGACCCAAUUAUGUUGUUCCAGAUGGAAAAUCAUUGGUUGGAAUUGAAGAAGAAAAUGGUAAUGAAUUCAGAACAUCGCUAUCUUCAAGAGAUCAAUUACAACCAUUUCCUCAAAAUCCCUUUUGUAAAACUGCUUAUAUCGUUUCUCAUGAAACCAAAGAUGCCAUUUAUCAAGAGAUUGAAGCUAAAGGUACUCAUGUACAAGAAACGUCUGUUAAAUACGGAUUAAAAAUUAAUCGUGUUGAAGCCAUUGCUAAAUUACAAGCCAUUGAAAAAUCAUGGGCAGCAGAAGGUAAAAUUAACUCUGAAAUAUCUUCAUUUGCAAAAACAAUGUAUGAAAUGUUCCCAUUGUACAAUGCAGCACAUCAACCAGAGAAUUUGACUGAAAUUCCUAUCCCUUCCAAAACUUUACAACAAAGAUUUAUUUCCAUUGCCGAAUCCGAACCCUUUGGGCCCAUUGAAGCAGCUGCUACAUUUGAGUUAGAACCAGCCUCAGAAACUUUGGAGAAAUUAGCUGCAAUUAAAAAGGGUAAAACUGCUUCUCGAGAAGUUAUCAUAGGUCAACAGAACCAAGGAGAGCGUACUGCUUUCAAAUUCAUUAAGGCUAAAUCUGGUGAUGUUGGUUUCCGUUAUGGUGCUUCAAGAAGAGAUAGAAAGAAGGACAGAGCUGUUGGGUUCGAUAAGGCUGGUAAGAUGGUUUACGUGCAAUAA